UAGCGAGGCAGCUUAAACCCGUGCGUGGGAGGGAGGGACUACAGCGACAAUCUUUCCUCUCAAGCAGACGAGGACUCGAGGCUACGGUUUUCAGUUUCGUUAACGGCAUUUAGUCAUCGAUCUAUUAUGAUUCCUCGAUACAAAGUAUUCUGGCAUAUGAAGACAAUUCGACAUAAUGAAUUCUGAAGAAGGAUGCUGCGGACUCAGAACGCCGUGGGGAAAUAAUUGAAGUGAACCAGCGGAAAGAAUCGAAUGGCUUCUGUAGAGCUGCUUUAUAUAGAUAAGGGAGGAAGAGGCAGACAACCCGAUCCUCCCUGCGUCCUUGACUGGGCUUCCAAUCCGGUUCAUGUUCGUAAAGCGAGCAGUUCAGCCGGAGGGGCGCUCUCUAUCUCAGCUCCGGGCUGCAAAGGACUGUGUAAUUCAGCACCAAGGACGGUUCCCAUCAACGGAGGUCUGCAUUUUAAACACGGUCACCCUGCGGUGGAGAAGGUCAGAGUGUGCUGCGACAAGGAAUCAGAGACAUCUUUCACCUAUGUCGACGAGAAUGUGAAUUUGCCCCUGGCAAGCUCUGGGAAAAGUGGGGAAAGUAUCCACAAAUCCUGGUGUAGGCCUAAUGACUGUGCGAGCGACAUUCGGCCCGAGGGGUUGCAUGAGCUCUCCCUAAUGUCAGAUGACGAUCUCGCAUCAGAAAGUUCGGGGGCAUCUGUAGAUUACGGUUUUAUAAGCGCGGUCACUUUCCUAGUCACUGGGAUCUCGUUAGUGAUUAUAUCCUAUGCAGUCCCUCGCGAGGUCAAAGUGGACCCGGAGAGCGUGUCCGCGAGGGAGAUGGAGAGGCUGGAAAUCGAAAGUGCCAGGGUAGGGGCACACCUGGAUAGGUGCGUGAUAGCAGGGCUUUGUCUACUGACGCUGGGCGGGGUAGUGCUGUCCACUCUGCUAAUGAUAUCUAUGUGGCAGGGAGAGAUGUACCGGAGAAAAGCCUUUGCAUAUUCCAAGCACUCAGCGAAACUAUAUGGCUCCAUCAUUUUAAAAACGAGGUCUAGCCCUAGUCGGUCGUCCGCACACCUGUCUAUGAAGGAAGAGAUAGAUGAGACCUUGAAUUAAAAUGAUAUCCAGUUGACAAAAUACUUUGUCUUGUGUUACUAAGCCAGGGCAACACAAUGAUGCAUGAUGUAGGUUCUCCAGACCCAAAGCGUGCAACCUGAACACGUCAGUCGGUCUACCUACAGUCACAUUAGCAUAACUGUUCAAAUAUGAAUUUGUUUUAAUAUCCAAGAUUAUGAAGUAUACAUUGUCUUAAAGUAUGAUCUCCAUAUAAUUUAAUGGAAGUGCAAGGCAUAGGCCUAUUUAACCAGGUAAGCAAAUUGCCAAAAUGAUACAGAAUAAAUAAGCAUGACAACAAUAAUAAAAAAUAAAAAACAUCUACGUUUUUUUUUUUUUUUUUUUUUACUUGUUUUUGGAAAUGGAAAAUGCUGGGUCACAUUUUUCCUAAAUGCAAUCUCUGAGAGGUUUCAUUUAUUAUUAAGGUGAUCCAUUUUUUAUGUGAAAGUGCCCGACGGUCUGUAAUGUGAUGCAUACACGCAUUUUAGAGGGAAAAGUGUCUGUCUCAUGAGUUUAGAAAGUGAGAUAUAUUAGCCUAGUCUAGUGCACUAUAUCAAAUCUAUGCUAACAUCCAAUGACCUUUCUUACUUCCUCAAUGCAGGUGAGCAUAAUUCUCACUGUGGUUUCUCACUGUGUGUGUGUACAGAGGGGGGCCACGUAAUCACACACGAACGACUUGCCCCAGUUUAUAAAGCUGUCCUGCCCUGUAUUGUACUGUACACUUCAAAUAACCUACUUCUAAUGUACUGUACCUGCAGUAUAUGCAAUUAUCAUACUUGAAUGAUCACGCAGCAUGAGAACUCACUGGGUCACAAUAUAACAGUGCAAUUAAUAGUGUAUCUUUAAGAGAAAUAGGCUUUUAUUUAUAGGCUAGGCCUACGCUAGCAGUGUUUUUAUUAUAGGCCACUAAUGGACGUACAUCCCACAAUACUCUACACCGUAUUGUAUUCCCUUGAGUAGUCUCAGAUAUGCCUUUAAAAUGUUACUGGAAGAGGGAUCUAUUUCUCAUAACAAACCAGAAAUGAUGGGUGCAACAAUAAUAGGAAAUGUUCUAUUCAGUUCAAAGAACUGUUGGUUGAGAAUCAUUUUAUCCAUGGUGAAGAGAGACACCACCACCACUGUCAUUUGCGAUCGUCUCUGUAUCGUAGGACUACUGCAGUGGCCUAUAAGUCAAGAGGCAUCAAAGGAGACUUGUUACCUUGAAAAUGGUUCCAUGUUUUCAAUUCUUCAAAGCCUUUAUUCACAAUCACAAGUGUUUGCCUCGAGGGAAAAUAUGCUUGUUGGUUAUCACUAGCAACAGCUAAUUCAUGUUGUCAUUUUGUGGGGCAAAUUCAUGUUGUACUCAUUAUACUCGUCAUGUGUUUUCCACUCUACUGUUCGAUCAUGCAUAUAUACGGUAAUGGAAUAAAAUAUACACCCCAAGAAUUACA